GGUGACCUGUUCAUAUGAACACAUUGCUGGAGAACAACCAGAGAAGAUAUUGUCUCUGGUGUUCCUGUGGGAUAUGAAUGAUAGCUUGAGAAUGUCACAUGAGAUCAUGAUGUUUCACCAAAUGACGGAACAAGCCCAGAACACCAGCUGUGAAGCACCCAUCCCCAUCUGCAAUAAGAGUGCAAGUGGAGACUCACUACAGCUGCCAACCUUCUCCACAGCAGCCAAAGUCAGAGUAAUCAUUACUUUCACUCUGUGUGCCGUGUCAGCUGUCUGUAACCUUGCUGUGCUGUGGGCCGCCAAUACCAACGGCAAGCGCAAGUCCCACGUUAGGAUAUUAAUAAUUAACCUGACUGUGGCAGACCUGCUGGUGACUUUCAUCGUCAUGCCUGUUGAUGCUGUCUGGAAUAUCACAGUUCAGUGGCAGGCAGGAGAUGUCGCCUGUAGGCUGCUGAUGUUCAUGAAACUUGUUGCCAUGUACUCCUGUGCUUUUGUCACAGUGGUCAUUAGCUUGGACCGCCAGUCUGCUAUCCUCAACCCACUGGCCAUCAAUGAGGCCAAGAAGAGAAGCAAGAUCAUGUUGUCUGUGGCGUGGGUGAUGAGUGUGAUUCUGUCUGUUCCCCAGGUGAGUCUCUGGUUAAGAGAAGUUUCAUGUUUUCUCUCCUCAGCCUGGUCUCAGGACACAACAACAAUGAUCUAAAUAUACAGUGGGGAAAAAAAGUAUUUAGUCAGCCACCAAUUGUGCAAGUUCUCCCACUUAAAAAGAUGAGAGAGGCCUGUAAUUUUCAUCAUAGGUACACGUCAACUAUGACAGACAAAUUUAGAUUUUUUUUUCCAGAAAAUCACAUUGUAGGAUUUUUAAUGAAUUUAUUUGCAAAUUAUGGUGGAAAAUAAGUAUUUGGUCACCUACAAACAAGCAAGAUUUCUGGCUCUCACAGACCUGUAACUUCUUCUUUAAGAGGCUCCUCUGUCCUCCACUCGUUACCUGUAUUAAUGGCACCUGUUUGAACUUGUUAUCAGUAUAAAAGACACCUGUCCACAACCUCAAACAGUCACACUCCAAACUCCACUAUGGCCAAGACCAAAGAGCUGUCAAAGGACACCAGAAACAAAAUUGUAGACCUGCACCAGGCUGGGAAGACUGAAUCUGCAAUAGGUAAGCAGCUUGGUUUGAAGAAAUCAACUGUGGGAGCAAUUAUUAGGAAAUGGAAGACAUACAAGACCACUGAUAAUCUCCCUCGAUCUGGGGCUCCACGCAAGAUCUCACCCCGUGGGGUCAAAAUGAUCACAAGAACGGUGAGCAAAAAUCCCAGAACCACAUGGGGGGACCUAGUGAAUGACCUGCAGAGAGCUGGGACCAAAGUAACAAAGCCUACCACCAGUAACACACUACGCCGCCAGGGACUCAAAUCCUGCAGUGCCAGACGUGUCCCCCUGCUUAAGCCAGUACAUGUCCAAGCCCUGUCUGAAGUUUGCUAGAGUGCAUUUGGAUGAUCCAGAAGAGGAUUGGGAGAAUGUCAUAUGGUCAGAUGAAACCGAAAUAUAACUUUUUGGUAAAAACUCAACUCGUUGUGUUUGGAGGACAAAGAAUGCUGAGUUGCAUCCAAAGAACACCAUACCUACUGUGAAGCAUGGGGGUGGAAACAUCAUGCUUUGGGGCUGUUUUUCUGCAAAGGGACCAGGACGACUGAUCCGUGUAAAGGAAAGAAUGAAUGGGGCCAUGUAUCGUGAGAUUUUGAGUGAAAACCUCCUUCCAUCAGCAAGGGCAUUGAAGAUGAAACGUGGCUGGGUCUUUCAGCAUGACAAUGAUCCCAAACACACCGCCCGGGCAAUGAAGGAGUGGCUUCGUAAGAAGCAUUUCAAGGUCCUGGAGUGGCCUAGCCUGUCUCCAGAUCUCAACCCCAUAGAAAAUCUUUGGAGGGAGUUGAAAGUCUGUGUUGCCCAGCGACAGCCCCAAAACAUCACUGCUCUAGAGGAGAUCUGCAUGGAGGAAUGGGCCAAAAUACCAGCAACAGUGUGUGAAAACCUUGUGAAGACUUACAGAAAACGUUUGACCUGUGUCAUUGCCAACAAAGGGUAUAUAACAAAGUAUUGAGAAACUUUUGUUAUUGACCAAAUACUUAUUUUCCACCAUAAUUUGCAAAUAAAUUCAUUAAAAAUCCUACAAUGUGAUUUUCUGUAUUUUUUUCUCUCAUUUUGUCUGUCAUAGUUGACGUGUACCUAUGAUGAAAAUUACAGGCCUCUCUCAUCUUUUUAAGUGGGAGAACUUGCACAAUUGGUGGCUGACUAAAUACUUUUUUCCCCCAUUGUACUUCCUGUAUACCCCAGGGAUGUUACAUUUUAAGUAUAAAAAAAACAUCAGAUGACAUAACAACCUUGCAGCAGCUUAAAAAUAAUAAUAAUAAUAAUAAUAAUAAUAAUACAUUUAAUUUUAAUUUUUCAUGACACCCAAAGUCACUUUACAUACACAAGAUAAUCAGCAGGAUAAAAAAAAAAUACAAUACAUUAAAAUAAGUAAGUAUAUAAAGUACACUAAACAUGAUGACAGACUAACCGUGGAGAACACUAAACAUGAUGACAGACUAACCGUGGAGAACACUAGACAUGAUGACAGACUAAUCGUGGAGGACACUAAACAUGAUAACAGACUUAUCGUGGAGAACACUAAAUAUGAUGACAGAUUAAUCGUGGAGAACACUAAACAUGAUGACAGACUAACCGUGGAGAACACUAAACAUGAUGACAGACUAAUCGUGGAGAACACUAAACAUGAUGACAGACUAACCGUGGAGAACACUAGACAUGAUGACAGACUAAUCGUGGAGGACACUAAACAUGAUAACAGACUAAUCGUGGAGAACACUAAAUAUGAUGACAGACUAAUCGUGGAGAACACUAAACAUGAUGACAGACUAACCGUGGAGAACACUAAACAUGAUGACAGACUAAUCGUGGAGAACACUAAACAUGAUGACAGACUAACCAGGGAAGUGAACUAGACAGAGGAUAAAAGCUAAGACAACAGAGAAUCUGUGUAAGCCUGUGUGAAGAGGUGUGUCUUUAGCUUGGACUUGAAUAUCUGUAUGUAUUGUGAGGUUCUGACAUCGAAGAGGGAGGGAGUUCCAGAGUUGGGGAGCUGCACUGCUAAAAGCAAGGUCUCCCAUGUAGCAGAGCCUGGUGCGAGGGAUGGUGAGGAGGCCAGUGUUAGAGGAGCACAGUGAACAGGUGGGAUUGUAGGGAUGCAGGAGGUCAGUAAGGUACAAUAUGUGGGCACCAGUUCAUUGAGUGCCUUGUAGGUGAGCAUGAGCAAUUUGAAGAGGAUCCUGUAUUGAACUUAUUCAAUGCCUAUACAUAGUAUACAUGCCAGCUGCAGACUGAAAUGAAAAAGUCUAGUGCAUUGUCUUCUUCUUCACCUCAUGUAGAGGUUGAGAGUUUCAGAGUGUCUCCAUUUCAAACGUGUGGACUAACGUCUCACGUUUUCUGGUCUUUCUGGUCUAACCAUUUUGUAACGUGUAGCUUCAGCUUCACGUCUGCUGAUCUUGUAGAGUGUCACCCAUUUUAAGCCGUUGUCUUCCUGGUCUGAGGUGAAUUUCCUCACAAGGCUUUUUAUGCACUCGGGUUAAAAGGGGCGUUCCAUCAUGUUUGUGCUCAUCUGGGUGUGGCCACUGACUGAGAACAAAUCAAUAUGGAAAACAAUCAUCUCAUCUAGAAUGCUAAAAUCACAUUGUUAUCUUCACAAAAGUAUUAUUAUACUUAAUCAUUCAUUUUAAACAACAAUUAGAUGCAAACCUCAUAACUGGGAAGUGUACACCCCCAGAGAUACAGUUAUGUUGUUCCACCGUCUUUAAUGACAUCACAACAUAGUAACGAAUUUGACAUAAUUGUUCUUUAAGUCCCCACCAACCAUUUCCCACAUUCUUUGAAGUAGGAAUAUUGUUUCAUUAUCCCCUUUUGGAUGUUGGAGUCUUGGCGGGAAGACUUCCUUUGUCUCACAGGGAAAUUUCCUCUCCCAAUACUGCAUGGCAAGGAAAAUAAAGUUUCUGCAAGGAAUUUACGACCGGUCAUAAACCUGGCCCCCAGGAAAGGGGGUGUUCAAACCUUUGCCUAGCCUGCAUCUUUGAACCUCAGCCCAUGAGGGCAAGUCAUGACAAUGGUUUAAGAGUCAACUUUAAAUGUGAUAGAUAACUGGUGAGGAGGGCUUGCCCUACAUCAUUUACUGACUCCUGAUUAUGACAGUAAUUAUGGAGUCUCUGCAAAUAAAAGCCAUCCAACUACAUACAGUGAGGGAAAAAAGUAUUUGAUCCCCUGCUGAUUUUGUAAGUUUACCCACUGACAAAGACAUGAUCAGUCUAUAAUUUUAAUGGUAGGUUUUUUUGAACAGUGAGGGACAGAAUAACAACAAAAAAAUCCAGAAAAACGCAUGUCAAAAAUGUUAUAAAUUGAUUUGCAUUUUAAUGAGGGAAAUAAGUAUUUGACCCCUCUGCAAAACAUGACUUAGUACUUGGUGGCAAAACCCUUGUUGGCAAUCACAGAGGUCAGACGUUUCUUGUAGUUGGCCACCAGGUUUGCACACAUCUCAGGAGGGAUUUUGUCCCACUCCUCUUUGCAGAUCUUCUCCAAGUCAUUAAGGUUUCGAGACUUACGUUUGGCAAGUCGAACCUUCAGCUCCCUCCACAGAUUUUCUAUGGUAUUAAGGUCUGGAGACUGGCUAGGCCACUCCAGGACUUUAAUGUGCUUCUUCUUGAGACACUCCUUUGUUGCCUUGGCCGUGUGUUUUGGGUCAUUGUCAUGCUGGAAUACCCAUCCACGACCCAUUUUCAAUGCCCUGGCUGAGGGAAGGAGGUUCUCACCCAAGAUUUGACGGUACAUGGCCCCGUCCAUCAUCCCUUUGAUGCGGUGAAGUUGUCCUGUCCCCUUAGCAGAAAAACACCCCCAAAGCAUAAUGUUUCCACCUCCAUGUUUGACGAUGGGGAUGGUGUUCUUGGGGUCAUAGGCAGCAUUCCUCCUCCUCCAAACACGGCGAGUUGAGUUGAUGCCAAAGAGCUCGAUUUUGGUCUCAUCUGACCACAACACUUUCACCCAGUUCUCCUCUGAAUCAUUCAGAUGUUUAUUGGCAAACUUCAGACAGGCCUGUAUAUGUGCUUUCUUGAGCAGGGGGACCUUGCGGGUGCUGCAGGAUUUCAGUCCUUCACGGCGUAGUGUGUUACCAAUUGUUUUCUUGGUGACUAUGGUCCCAGCUGCCUUGAGAUCAUUGACAAGAUCCUCCCGCGUAGUUCUGGGCUGAUUCCUCACCAUUCUCAUGAUCAUUGCAAAUCCACGAGGUGAGAUCUUGCAGGGAGCCCCAGGCCGAGGGAGAUUGACAGUUAUUUUGUGUUUCUUCCAUUUGCGAAUAAUCGCACCAACUGUUGUCACCUUCUCACCAAGCUGCUUGGCGAUGGUCUUGUAGUCCAUUCCAGCCUUGUGUAGGUCUACAAUCUUGUCCCUGACAUCCUUGGAGAGCUCUUUGGUCUUGGCCAUGGUGGAGAGUUUGGAAUCUGAUUGAUUGAUUGCUUCUGUGGACAGGUGUCUGUUAUACAGGUAACACGCUGAGAUUAGAAGCACUCCCUUUCAGAGUGUGCUCCUAAUCUCAGCUCGUUACCUGUAUAAAAGACACCUGGGAGCCAGAAAUCUUUCUGAUUGAGAGGGGGUCAAAUACUUAUUUCCCUCAUUAAAAUGCAAUUCAAUUUAUAACAUUUUUGACAUGCGUUUUUCUGGAUUUUUUUGUUGUUAUUCUGUCUCUCACUUUUCAAAUAAACAUACCAUUAAAAUUAUAGACUGAUCAUUUCUUUGUCAGUGGGCAAAUGUACAAAAUCAGCCGGGGAUCAAAUACUUUUUUCCCUCACUGUAGGCUUAGAAAAUUAGGAUCACUAAAAGAAGACCUUACCGUGCAAUUAUAACUUUUUCAUAAUUCAUUUCAAGCAUUCAACUCUUUUCAGCUAAAGUCAUUGCAAAUUCAGUGACAUGAGCAGUUAAUCAUUGUAUUACAUUGACUGCAGACUAGGCAGGAUCGAGCUUCUGCUGCAUGAAACACUAGUAACACUGAAGCCAGGCCAUACAAUUAUUGUUAGACAUGUUUUUAUGGUUAAAGACUAACGUUUCCUUUGUGUUGUCAUACAGAUGCUGAUAUUCCACAGUGUGACCAUCACGGUUCCAGAGAAGUUCACCCAGUGCACUACCCGCGGGAGCUUUGUCCAACACUGGCAGGAAACCCUGUACAACAUGUUCACCUUCGCCUGUCUUUUCCUGAUGCCACUGAUCAUCAUGAUCUUUUGUUACACACGGAUCCUGGUGGAGAUAUCCAGCCGCAUGACCCACGGCAACAGUAGGUCAAAUGACAUAUUUUACCAUCAAUUGUACUGUUCUAUUGGCAAUAAUGGUAGAGGUAGUGGUAGGUGUAGUAUACAAUUGUUCAUGAGGGGGUUACAAAGAGUGAUGUGUCUUAAAGAUAAAGGUAAUUGAGACUUAUUGUCAAAUUUGGUGUUAGAUGCUAAGAUUAUGAGCAAGUGUUUAUUGCCUUGUUUCAGUGUCUUCUAAGGAGAUACAUCUCCGACGCUCCCACAACAACAUUCCAAAAGCACGGAUGAGGACUUUGAAGAUGAGCAUUGUUAUCGUUACUUCCUUCAUCGUCUGCUGGACCCCUUACUACCUGUUGGGACUGUGGUACUGGUUCUUCCCUGACUAUAUGGAUGAGACGGUCUCCCAUUCUUUGACUCAUAUGCUCUUUAUUUUUGGCCUCUUCAAUGCCUGUUUGGACCCAGUAACUUACGGCCUGUUCACCAUCCAUUUCCGCCAUGGCCUGAAGCGCUACUGUCGGAGCACAGCCACGUUCAGUCGUGAGUCAGAGAACAACACUACCCUGACCGGCUCUUUCAGGCGCUCCCCCUUCCGCCUGACACAGCUUACCCAGCAAGGCCAGACCUCCAUCACUGGCCAGAUGGCAGAGGAGGAACAGGUCAAGAAAACCUGCCGCUAUAGCAACUACCUCACAGUUCACAGCAGUGGAGAAGGUGACCCAGGUCUGGCCAGUCUUGAAAGCACUAUA